AUGGCGAGCUAUAUCGACAAGAUGGCUGUAAAUGAUGCCACACUUACUGUGCCAGUCGAAGACGAAACCAAGAAGGGUCCAGACGCGGUCCUCGAGUCGGACUCCUCUUCGAUCUCGGGAAGCAGAGUGCGCGCCCGAUACAAGCAGUUCGAUGAGUGUGCCUUUGAUACGACGGAAGAUCCCAGAUACUAUAAGCCAAUCCCGGAGUAUGAAGGCAUUCAUCGAUGGGACCCGGACUUCGACUGGUCACCGGAAGAAGAGAAACGACUCAUCAGAAAGGUUGAUUGGCGAGUCUGCACCUUCGCAUGCAUCACCUUUUUUGCGCUACAGCUCGAUCGCGGUAACAUCGUGCAAGCCCUGUCCGAUAACAUGCUUGUGGAUCUCGGGAUGAACACCAAUGAUUACAACACCGGGCAAACUAUCUUCUACUGCGCCUUCCUCUUCGCGGAGCUUCCGUCCCAGCUUAUAUCAAAGAAACUUGGGCCGGACCGAUGGAUUCCCAUACAGAUGGUCUCCUGGAGUUUGAUCGCGGCAUGCCAGGCGUUUCUUACGAAUCGGAGUACAUACUACGUCUGCAGGGCACUCCUUGGCCUGUUUGAAGGUGGAUUCAUUCCUGAUACGAUCCUGUUCCUCUCUUUUUGGUACAAAUCAAAGGAGCUGCCGAUCCGCUUGAGCUUUUUUUGGGUUUCUUUCCAAGGGACUGCUAUCAUUGGUGCGUUCCUUGCAUACGGUUUCCUUCGCAUCAGACGGGAUGAUGGAACUGGGGGAUGGCGUUAUCUGUUCGCCUACGAAGGUCUGAUAACUGGUGUUAUCGGCAUUAUCGCCGCUUUUUGGAUGCCCCCGUCACCAACACAAACAAAAGGUAUUUUGAGAGGAAAAGAUGGAUGGUUCAACGAGCAUGAGGAGAAGAUCUUGGUCAACCGCAUCAUUCGAGAUGAUCCCAGCAAGGGAACCAUGCAUAACCGACAAGCAGUCGCCCCCAAGAUGCUCUGGGAGGCUUUGAAGGACUAUGACAUGUGGCCAAUUUACUUGCUUGGUUUGACAUGGAUGAUCCCGAAUACACCAGCAACCAGUUAUCUCACCCUGCAACUAAAGGCGUUGGGCUUCGACACAUUCCAAACCAACCUGAUGACCAUCCCUGCAUACGCUCUAUUUAUUUUUAACCUCUUGUUUUGGACCUGGGUUUCCGAGAAGAUCGAUCAGCGUUUCCUACUUGGUAUCGUGGCCGAAGUCUGGUGCCUGGUGCCACUUAUCGCCCUUGCCGUCCUUCCAGAUGGUACUAGUCCGUGGGUGCUGUGGAUUCUCAAUGUGAUCCUUAUCGGGGCUCCUUAUGUGCACGCCAUUGUCGUCGCCAUGACAUCCAGAAAUGCCGGGUCAGUGGCUACGCGGACAGUCGCUAGUGCUCUAUACAACAUGAUGGUCCAGGUGUCCAACAUCAUCGGCAACAAUAUUUAUCGCGAACAUGACAAGCCAUACUAUCGCGUGGGUAACCGGGUGUUGAUAGCCUUGGCCGCGUGGAGCUUGGUUCUCUUCGUUUUUGCCAAAUGGUACUAUGUUCGACGUAACAAGCAAAAUGCAGCGAUCUGGGAUAAGAUGUCGAGUGCUGAGCGUGAAGCUUACUUGGCUGCGAAUGCCCGUAAGGGCAACAAAAGACUUGACUUCCGGUUCACUCAUUAA